AAAAGGAAGAACGACGAGGGCGGCUGAGAGAAACGGCCUUCUCAUUUCACAUUUCCUUUUCUUCGGUUUAUUUCGGCUAUUCAACCUUUGGAAUUCUGGAGCAAUCCUUCUUUGAGCUUUUGGGUAUAACGUGCAAAUAAUAUAUACAAUUUCAUGCCUGAUACAAUGACGACGGAAUGGUCUGCAACAUCUGCUACAAAAGCUUAUCUUGAUACUCUCAAGCUGUGUAACAAUCGCAAGAGACAAUGCGAUCCAUGGAAGACACAUGAACUUGGGAGCAGUGAAUUUGUAUCAGCCUUAGCAGCAGGCACAAGAUCUAAGCUCAUAGUAGAGGUGACAUCUGGUGCUUCCCCAUCAACAAUAGCCUUAGCAGCAGCCGCAAGGCAAACUGGUGGGAGGCUGGUGUGUAUUCUUCCAGAACCAGAACUUGCUGAGUCGAAAAAAACAAUUAAAGACUUGGGUCUCAAGGACUUGGUGGAAUUCAGAACUGGAGAUCCCUCAGAAAUAUUGCACAAUUACAAGAAAAUCGAUUUCUCUCUUGUUGAUUGUAAGAACGAUGAUUAUACUAGUUUGCUAAAGUUGCUAGAUGUUAAUCCUAAAAGGUCAGUGGUUGUGGCAAACAACUUGGUGGGAAAGAAAAAAGGGUUUUCAAACCACUUAAGAGGAAGCAUGAAGGAGAAGGUUGAAGUGAGGUCUCUGAAGCAUCCCAUAGGAAAAGGCAUGGAGGUUACAAUGAUUGGUAGAAAGGAGGAGAUUGAUAAGCGGGGUUGGGGUACUGGAGGUGGUCGUUCUGGAGUGGGGUUACGGCGGGCUGGUACCAUGAAGGGGACUGGAAAUAGCAAAUGGGUGGUAAAGUUUGAUAAGGAAAGUGGUGAGGAACAUAUCUUCAGGGUGCCUAAAUCAUUUUAAAAGACAGCUUUGUUUUGCAGCAAAGUUAAAUAUUGUGCUCCAUCCAAAGGUUUUGCUGGAAAUUAUGAAUCUUUGGUGUGUCAUCCUCACGAAACUACGUACUGAGAAGCUUCUUAUACGUACAGAUCAAUGGAGGCACCAACUUGCAUUGUUAU